AUCUCUGUGAGUAGGUUGCUUAUUUAACAUCACAUACACCGGACGUUUAAAGUAAAUACUGAUGUACUUGAGAAUAAUUGAUGUGACCUUGACGUUAUGUAAAAUCUAUUUUCUGUGGCUCCAUUGUGAGUUUAAUUUGCCUAAUUCCUCUGACAAACAUGCACCAUAUUUAGGAGGAACAGAUAAUGAAGAGUACACACAGAUUUAAGGUUUCUAUUUCACUACCCAGCAGUUAAUCUCUGGGUCUUGAACCGUAAUCCUCUUCAUUCACUGAGUCUGACGUGUAGUGUGCAGGGAACACAGAUAGGAACUGUACCUUUUACAUGCACAACAAGAAACGCAGCAGUCUUCACAUUAUUUCUAUUUAAUCUGAAAUGCAGAACUAGAGCUCAUGUUUGAGUGUAAUCCUCACUCUGUCCUCUAGAUGGUAGUGGUGCACAGAUACAGGCCCCACUGGCCUGACGAGCUGGAGCUGACUCCUGGUGAUGUCAUCCUGGUUCAGUCCAAACAUGAGGAAGAGAGGUGGUUUGGGCGGCUGCAGGACGGCCAGCGGGGCUACUUCCCCGCCUCCUGUGUGAUGGAGCUGAGCCAGAUUAGUCUUCCUCCUAAAGCCCUACGACGCAGUAUCUCCCUGAGAAGCUCAUCCUUCAGCGAUGAUUCACGCAGCAGACAAGGAAACGGACACAUUCUGCAGGCACACAAGAGGGGGAGCAGAGGAGUUGGAGGAGGAGUGGGGAUGGAUGGGGGCCAGAGCGAGGGCCCCUUCCUGGUGCGGAGGCCCCAGAUCCCUCUGCCUCAGCCCGAGGUGGCCUCCCAACCUCAGACACACAGAUCCCCAGGCUUGCUCCACAGGAUCCUGUCAAAGUGCCGGAAAAAGAGUGAAUGCCAGGGAGCCACCAAUGGGGCCUUCGAGGGCGACUAAGAAGACCUUAUCUUUGUCCUGGGUGGCUUAGUGGAGUUCACUUUGGUGUUUCUGCUUUAGGGGAGAAUGUGGAUGAGUGGAUAAACUUCUGAAAUAGGAAAAAAAACAAGUCCUGAAUAUCCCUGUGUGUGUGUGUGUGUGUGUGUGUGUGUCAGGUGUUCUGGACUUUGCUGCUUUUAUAGAUUGAAGAGAUUGAAUAGUGAGUGUGCAAACCUUUAACAGUGAUGUCACAGAAUGUAUUUAGCCCCUUACAAUUGAGGGAAUCUGCCUGGUGUGACAUCACUGAUUGGGGGCGGAUCCAUGAAUGCAACAUACCUGCUAGAUUGAAUGCAUAGAGAUUAGAUGCUGCAGUUUUCUGCCCUAUUUAGCAUAACUUGAUGACAUGAUGAAAUGCCAGUCUUUAGCUUGAAACAUGUAUAAUUCUAAUCAUGGCCAUUUUGAAUUACAAAAGCAACCUUUUUGUGUAACAUAGGACACCAUAGGAGCCAAAUGUAGCCUUACUCCCUUUGAUGCUGUUACCUAAGAGAUAUGUAAUUUGAACACUGUGUGCAUUUUUUUUCCCAUUAUUUGAGUUUAUUUACUCACACAAAACUGUAAAUAUGUAUAUAUUGCUUAAUGUGAAAUUUUGAUCAUAAAUCUAGUAAAUGCUUACAAGUCAAUAUUGUUAUUUAUUUCAGUGGACACUUGUUUCAGUGUGUUACCUCAUUCUUUAGCCCCUCUUCAUUUUCCUCACAACACACUGGGCCUCCCUCCUAUUUAACAGAGAUUCAGAUUCAGGGAGAAAAAAAAACUCUCUGAAGCGAGAGGAAGUGUGAUGGAGGCCUGCUGAAAGCUUUGGCAAAGGGGAAGGUUAGGUUUGCCCGUUGCUCCGGCAACGCAAAAGCAGCUCUCAGAUGUCACAUGUAUAUACGUCGUCGUCUUCUUCUGUGGUGCCUCCCAGCAUGUCCUCGUAGCAAGGUCUCUAUAGGGUGGGCUGCAGAUUACCUCCUUGCAGAGGACACAAAAAGCAAACCUAAUCCUAACCUUGGCUUUGACAUCGGUGAGGGAAACACACUCCUCCUCCUCCUCCUCCUUCUCGGCCACUGUUUGAUAUUCACUGUUGUAUAAUCCUUUGUAAUAAAGACUGUAGGAGGCAGUCACUCUGGGGCCAGUGUUUGGGCAGCAUGUCUCGCACAGGGAAGGGUGUCAAUGUAACAAAGAGAGACAUGGAUACUGGUUCUCGGAGCAAACUGAUAUUGAUUAGGCCUACAUUUCCAAGUAUGUGCCUGUAAUAGGGAUUAUAGAGAGUGGUCCAGGCUUCUUUUUACACCUGGAAGUAUACACUUGGAUUAGUCACUCGGGUUGUUCGAGGUAAUUCAUUCAAAUUCAGAUAAGGUCAUACAGUGGACACCUUCUAUUUCAUGAUUUUCUUCAAAAAUUAACAAAUCAACAGUCAAGAGGGAGCCUGACUUACCUCACAGGGGGGGGCUGUCACACACGAGUGGAAACUGUGACCUAUAUAAGGCGGAAAGGCCAGGGUCCAAUUUUAAAACACACACACACACACACACACACACACACACACACACACACACACAGAAUCCCAGGGCAGUGGACUCUCCCGC